AUGCCUAAUUUACUUGAUCUUCUUCCACCAGAAUUAAUACCAUUCAUAACGAAGUAUCUUCCGAUCCAAGAUCUUAAAAAUUGCUGUAGUUUAGAUAAUAUUUGGAAAACCGAAGCGAUUAGAGAAAUUCGCAAAAGAUUAAUAGUGGAUUGUACAUUCGUUAAUAGAAAAACAACUGUUAAAGCGCUAAUUGACCCUAAAUCCAAGUACGGUAGUAUCA